UUUAUUGAUUUAUGGAACUUGUUUGCAAAGAGAGUGAUUAUAUAUAUAUAAAUAUAAAAGAAAGGCGAGGUAUAGUGAAAUUAUAAUUCAUGCAUCAGAAAAUAAGGAGAGAUGGCAGUUCAUCACAUUCCCAUUAUUAUUUCAGUUUUAAUAAUAGCGUCGCUCCCCUUCACGAUUGCUGUAGAAGCCAAAGGAAACUCAUCAGAACCUUCAGAUGCAGAUCGGAUUGAAUUCGCUCUGAAUUUGGAGUACUUGGAAGCCGAGUUCUUCUUGUAUGGAGCAUUGGGUUAUGGCUUGGAUGUGGUUGCCCCUGAAUUAGCAGGAGGAGGACCUGCUCCCAUUGGUGCCCAAUUAGCUGCUCUUAGUCCUCUUGUUAGGGAUCUUAUCUCACAAUUUGCUUAUCAAGAAGUUGGACAUUUGAGGGCCAUAAAGAAAGAGGUGAAAGGGUUCCCAAGGCCAGUAUUGGAUCUAAGACUAGGAACAUUUGCGAGAAUAAUGGAUAGUGCUUUUGGGAGAAGGCUCUAUCCUCCAUUUGAUCCCUAUGCAAGUGAGAUCAACUAUUUGCUUGCAUCUUACGUUAUUCCUUAUGUUGGCCUUACUGGUUAUGUUGGUACCAAUCCACAGCUUCAAAACACCACUUCUAAGAGGCUGGUUGCAGGUCUACUAGGAGUAGAAUCUGGGCAAGAUGCAGUUAUUCGAACAUGGCUAUACGAACGCUUAGAAGUCCGUGUGAUGCCUUAUAGAUUGACAGUUGCGGAGUUCACAAAUCGCAUCUCAGUGCUUAGAGACAGAUUAGGAAACGCUGGUGUGAAAGAUGAGGGUCUUGUUGUUCCAAUGGCAUUGGGUGCUGAAGGCAGGGUUGUAGGGAAUGUUCUUGCUGGUAACAAUGCUUCACUCUCAUAUGAUAGGACUCCUGAAGAAAUAUUGAGAAUUGUUUAUGGAACUGGUGAUGCUCAUAUUCCUGGUGGCUUCUUUCCUAAUGGAGCUAGUGGUGCUAUUGCCAAAUCUUUCUUGCAAUCUUAAAACUAAUUAAUUAGCUUAUGUAUGAUUAUGUAGUUGCUAUGUAAGUGUUACCAUACUACUUUUGUGUGAGAUUAUAAUGUGUAUCUUGAAAAAUGUUAUGCUUCUCAUAGGCAAAAGGAACUAUAUAUGACAAACAUGCUAUGUUAAAUUAUUAUUA